GGCACUGAGAUUAUAGUAUUCUUUGAAAUUUGAACGAAACCGGUGAGGCCCAUUUCCACGUACCCGACCCGCACAGCCCCUGAUUCUCGACGCAGAACCCUAAUUGCCGCAUCCUCUUCCACCGACCCACGAGAUCCAACCGCCGCAGCACGACGGCGUCGCUUCUGAGUCCUCCGGCACACAUCUCUCUCAACAAGUCGGUGAGCAAUGCUGGGGUUUUCAUAUGGAGAAAUAUUUCUGUUGCUUGGAGCCACUGCUGCUUUGAUAGGUCCAAAGGAUUUACCAAUCAUAGCCAGAACAGCUGGAAGGCUCGCCGGUAGAGCUAUUGGAUACGUUCAAUUGGCUCGUGGUCAGCUUGACACUGUUAUGCAGCAAUCCCAAGCUCGCCAGGUUCAUAAGGAACUGCAAGACACUAUGGCUCAGCUAGAUGCUAUUCGUCAUGAAAUUCGAAGUAUAUCAAUCAUAAAUCCUGGCCCUUUGACUCGGAGGCUUGUGGAUAAUCCUGACCAGACAUCUGUCUCAAAUGACAACAGGAAACCAGAAGAUUCUGUGGAGAGUAACUCAAUGCCCAAUGUUAUCAAGGAUUCAACUUCAGUGUCAUCCAAUUCUUGCAAUGUGCAAAGUCAAGCUACUAUUUAUGCCAGAUUGGCAGAGUCCCCUGUCAUAAAGAAUGAGUUGUCAGGAAGUAGUACUGAAGUUGAGAAGAUAGAAGACAAACUACAGCUUAAUGUAUUACCAAUUUCUGCUGAAAAUGCUGGACUAUUACCAAAUCGUGGGGCUGAUGUGAAAGGAUCUGACAUAGUUCUAGAAGCAAUUUUGGAGGCAGAGGUAGCUCAUAAUGCAAAGGAAUUCUUUUCACAUCCCCAAAAUCAAAUAUGACUGAUGAUAAUCCUACAUAGUACAUUAGUACCUUAAUUUGUAGACCUUAAAGUUUUUCGCAUUUGUAAAUACAAAAUAAUACGUUGAAUGUAUUGAUUCUUGAUUUUUUAUUUCUAGUUGUUCAGCCUAGAAAAUAUGCCUUUGGGUUUAAGAGAUUAUUCAUUUUUCUGA